AUGGAGGUUGAUGUCACAGCAAUCGUCUAAUUCCUGUUGGACUUUAAACUUUUAUUUCCAAGCUAGUAGCCACACUGUGGCUGGCUACCAUGGUACCUCUUCCAAUUGAUGUUAGGUCGGCCAGGUACGUAAUAAAGUUGAACCGCGUAAGCUCCGGCCAACCAUAACUGUCCAAUUCCCAAUUCCCAAUUUGCGAAUUCCCAAUUUGCGGAGCCUCGAGCUUCCGGCGGGAAGAGUCGAGUUAGAACAAUUAUACGAGUUAUACGAGCCAACUUCGCACAAGGCCACAUUGCGUUACCUGCUCCUAUGGAUGUAUUAUCCCCUUUUCUAAUGUAAAACAGUGUUUGUAAUAACUACCUACUACUACCUUCUCCUGAACUUCUUUGAGUACCUGCAAAAAAUAUAGACGUGAAGAAGAGCUAUUGCUGCUCAAAGCUAUCUCGCCAUGGCUGAGAUCCGUCAGCGCAAGGGCAAAGGCCCCGCGAGGGACGAUGUUCGAACUGCUAUCGUCGAGGAGCUCGAUACCUCGGAGUCGGACACGCCCGCGCCCGCGCCCAAGCAGCCCAAGCCCAAGCGUAAAACGAAGGAGCUCGUCGACGACGACGAAGAGUAUAGCCCGUGGCUGGACGUCCUGCGCGUGCUCUCGUUCCUAUUCGUCGCGUCCUGCGGCCUUAGCUACCUCGUCUCGGGCGGCGAGUCUUUCUUCUGGAGCAUGCGGGCGCCACCCAAGUACAUGCAGCUGGACUGGUGGAAGAGCCAAUUGCGCGGUCCCAUAUACCUAACCCCCGCCGAGCUCGCCCAAUACGACGGCACCGACGAGUCUAAGCCCAUCUACCUCGCCAUCAACGGCAGCAUCUUCGACGUAUCAAGCAACCGGCGGACUUACGGUCCGGGCGGCUCGUACCGAUUCUUCGCGGGCGCCGACUCAGCGCGGUCCUACGUAACGGGGUGUUUCGCCGAGGACCGGACGCCCGAUAUGCGGGGAGUCGAAGACAUGUUCCUACCGCUAGACGACCCGGCCGUAGACUCGCACUUUGCGCCGGCAGAGCUCGCCGCGCUCAAGAAGAAGGAGCUCGAGGAGGCGAGGCAGAAAGUCCACGAGGGGUUGCUGCAUUGGGUCCGUUUCUUCGAGAAUAGCCCUAAGUACCCUAAGGUCGGCUACGUUAAGAAGGACAAGAGCUGGUUAGAUAAGGAGCCGAGGAAGAAGUUGUGCGAUGCGGCGGCGAAGGGUAGGAAGCCGAGGAAGAUCCCUGGCUCUGAAGAUUAAUAAGGUUUUAUUUCAAAUAUGUAUUUUAAUAGCGGGAAAGCGACGUGUAAAAACCUAGGAAAAGGAACUGAAUAAAAUUGGUUGGGACGGAUCGAUCACAUGUUGGACCUUUAGCUCAUUGAGUGUUAACUCGAGAACAUAAUAAAGGCUAAGGUGAUAUCGGCAAGUAACGUUCUACUAUUACGAGCGCUAAUAAUACUUCUAGACACCUACUAAAUGAAAUUUCAUAUAUUCACUCUUGAAGACCAUGAAGACAGUUUGUUUUUCUCUUUGGGAUUAAUGG